AUGACAGGGCAAGAAUUCGGCGCCGUUCGGCAGGCCAUCGACGAGAAGUCGUUGGCCAAGUAUCUCUCGGAAAAGGUUCCGGAGAUCAAGCUGCCCGUCCAGGUCAAACAGGCCGCCUUUGGCCAGUCAAACCCGACGAUGCUUCUGACAGGCUCCGGCGGCCAGCGAUUUAUCCUCCGCAAGAAGCCACCGGGAAAGCUUGUGAGCAAGACGGCGCAUGCGGUCGAACGAGAGUACAAGAUCCUCGAGGCCAUUGGUCGGCACAACAAGAGCCUGCCUCGGCCUGCGGUGGGCGGUGUACCUGUGCCUGAGGUCUACUGUCUCUGCGAGGACUCGUCGAUUCUUGGUACGCCGUUCUACAUCAUGCAAUUCAUCGAGGGCCGCAUCUUUACCGACCCAAGGAUGCUGUCGAUUCCAAAGGAGGAGCGAAAGCAAUGCUGGUUCUCGGCCAUCCGAACCCUCGCAGCGCUGCACCGAAUCGACCCUCGCAAGAUUGGGCUUGGCGACUACGGCAAGCCAUCGUCGUUCUACCCGCGCCAGCUCAAGGCGCUGUCGCACGUCUCUGGCAUGCAGGCCCAGGUCCCCGACGAGGACAGCGGCAAGCAGGUGGGACCCAUCCCGCACAUGGACGAGAUCACCGCGUGGCUCGGGGCCAACAUGGUGCCCGACGAGAACUGCAUCGCCCACGGUGACUACAAGAUCGACAAUCUCAUCUACCACCCCACCGAGCCGCGCGUGAUUGCCGUGCUCGACUGGGAGCUCUCGACGCUGGGCCACCCGCUGUCGGAUCUCGGCAACCUGCUGCAGCCGUUUUCGCUGCCGUGCCCCAACGGCGCGCAGAUCAACGACCCCGCCGAAUUUGAGCGCGCCCAGAAGCGCGGCGAGAUGUUUAUGCUCCUCGGCGACCUGUCCGACGACGUGAGCCCCGUGCCGCAAAAGGAGGCGCUGAUGCGGGCCUACUGCCAGGCGGCCAAGCGCGCCUACCCCAUCCCCGCCUGGCACUUCUGCGAGGCCUGGGCGUGGUUCCGCGCCGCCGUCAUCUCGCAGGGCAUCGCCGCCAGGGUCGCGCAGCGGCAGGCCAGCUCGGCAGAGGCCAAGAUGUACGCCACCAAGUUCAUCCCCGCCGCCGAGAGCGUAAAGACAAUCAUGAACAAGAGCGGCAGCAACCCAAGGGCGAAGCUGUAG